AUGGUAGUCAUGAUCUCCAAAAGGGUUAGUCUUAAGGCAAUAGCAUUGGCCAUUGUUCUGAUUUCAUUCAAUGUGGGAUCCGUGGCUGCUUAUGACCCUUACCAUACUCCUGAUCCAUCACCACCACCUUAUGAGUACAUAUGUUAUGACUGGAAGUUCGGCUUUGAAAAUUCCCAUAACAAGAAACCCCUAUUAGGUGCCACGGUCGAAGUGGCAUGUAAAGCAGAGGGGAAAACAAUAAAGGCUUAUGGCAAAACUAAGAGCAAUGGACAGUACAUCAUCAAGGUUGAAGACUUUGACUACUUAAAAUAUGGACCUACAGUGUGCGAGGCCAAGCUCCAUGCUCCUCCUAAGGAAUCUUCCUGUAACAAACCCACCAAACUCGGCGAGGGAACAGAUUUGAAGGUGAUAUACCAUGACAACUAUGAAGUUGUGCUUGAGGCUAAGCCAUUUGCUUAUGCAAAGAAUGAGCCAUAUGAAGAAUGUGAAAAGUCAAGACCACCAUCACCAUACCCCUACAUUUCACCACCACCAUCCUCAUCUCCUUCACCACUACCAUACCCCUACAUUUCACCACCACCACCACCAUCCCCUUAUUCACCACCACCAUCCUCAUCUCCUUCACCACCACCAUACCCCUACAUUUCACCACCACCACCACCAUCCCCUUAUUCACCACCACCUCCAUCCCCUUAUUCACCACCACCAUACCCCUACAUUUCACCACCACCUCCAUCCCCUUCUCCACCACCGUACCACAACAAGUAA